CUAAGAUACAAUUCUCCAGAAAUUCUUUCACAAGCAGUUAUUUCAAUUUUACGUUCACGAGCAUUUUUUGAUGAUGUUAGAAUUUUAGUAUAUAUAUUAGGUCCUGUUAAAAAAGCAAUUACAAUUUUAGAAUCACGUUCAUGUAAUCUUGCUGAUUGUUUUUGUGAAUUAAUUCAUCUUGGUGCAUCUAUUAAUAAGUUGUCUUUAAGUGAUCAUUCUAUUUUUCAAUCUUAUUGGGCACAUGGAACAUUUAGAGAACUUUUAUUAGCUGCAGAUGAAAUUUUUGAAAAAAUGGGCAAAACAAAUAUUUCAAGACGAGAUUUAUUAUAUCAAAUGAAAUUAUAUCGUACAAGAGAAGCACCAUUUGAUAUUUCAUAUAGUAUAUCAGAAACUCCACUUAUUUGGUGGUUUUCUCUUGAAGAUAGUUUUCCUAAAAAUGAAGAUUAUUUAGUUCAAUUAGCAUUAAAAUUAUUUUCAAUUGUUCCACAUGCUGCUGGAUGUGAACGUGUAUGGUCAAGAUUAGGGUGGUUAUAUGGAGUAAGAAGAAAUAAAUUAGCACUUCAUAAAAUAGAAAAUAUGCAUAAAAUUGCAUCAUAUUACUAUUCACAUGCUAAGCAAGAAUUACCAUAUUUUGGUAUAGAAAAAACAAAUAAUGAAGUUUUUGAAAUUUUAGUUGAUGAAUAUUUAAAUUUAGAUGAAGAUGAUUUUGUUGAAAUUACUGAAGCAGAUUUAAAUGAAAGUGAAGAAAAUACUAAUUUAAGUGAAGAAACAAAUUUAUUAUUAAAUAAUAUUUUAAAUUUAGAUAAAUUUGAUAAUGAAUUUGAAGAUGAUAAUUUUAAUAUGGAUGAAGAUUAUUAUAAUGAAAAUAGAGAAGAAACUUCUUUAACAAAUCAAUUACAAGAAGAUAUUGAAUGGGAUCCAAUUGAAGAAGUAGAUAAAAUAAUUGAAAAUAUUUAA